CACACACUUCCCAGCUCGAGGAUCAGUACGGAGGAGUGUGAACAUAAAGCUAAGCGUCGUAACUUUUUGACCUCUUAUUUAGCUACCUCCCACUUGUGGCGUGACGUUGUAAGAGGGACGGUGCUUUAAAUAUGGAAAAAGACACGCUUAGCAUGGAGCGGUAGUACUACUUCUGACGCUACCUAUACAGAAACAAGAAUCCUACAAACACGAAGUUGAAGGCUCAUUUAAAUAUCUUUUCUAGGGCGGACUAUGGUCCUGCAGCCUUAUGAUUUAAAAAAAAAAAAUGUUUUAGUAUAGCUUAUUACUCGAAUAACCGUCAGUCAAAUGGGGAAUUAGCCACGCGUUCUCUGUACGUGGUGGCACAUAUUUCGAAAUCAAUUUUUGAUCAGUUCUGGCAUUUGUACGUGGGUGGGAAAAAUACCUAAAUAAUAAUAAGUAGCCAGGUGAGUUAGCAAGCAGCUUCGUGUAGGCUACACAAGAGUUUGAAGCGAAGAGAUUAGACAAUUCGGGGCUUUGUUGAGCAAGCACACUGGACGGGGACUCCGCGUUCCUUGGACUUCAGGAGGAAUUGCUUCAGCGAGACAAAAUGAGCAGCGAUAAAAACAAGGUGGAGGACGAGGCGGUGCUGGACCGUGGAGCGUGUUCUGUCAAGCACGUCUGUGACGAGGAGGAGGUAGAAGGUCACCACACUGUAUACGUCGGUGUGCACGUGCCCAAGAGCUACAGGAGGAGAAGACGCCACCGCAGGAAGUCCAGCCACAAGGAGAGGAAAGAGAAAGUGACUGAAAAUGACAAAUCGGAUGGGGAGAAUACCGAUGAUGUCAGCACCAGCAUCCUCAAGCCCCUUGUCUCUUCGGCGGCUGAGCGGAUCCGCUUCAUCCUGGGCGAGGAAGACGAUGGCCCACCGCCCCCACAGCUCUUCACCGAGCUGGACGAGCUGCUGGCUGUGGAUGGGCAGGAGAUGGAGUGGAAGGAGACUGCAAGGUGGAUAAAAUUUGAAGAGAAGGUAGAGAAGGGGGGAGAGCGCUGGAGCAAGCCUCACGUGGCCACGCUGUCCCUGCACAGCCUGUUUGAGCUGAAGACCUGCAUCGAGAGAGGCACCAUCAUGCUGGACUUGGAGGCCUCUACCCUUCCGCAACUGGUUGAGGUCAUCACUGACAGUCAGAUUGAAAACGGUCAGUUGAAGGCUGACCUGAAGGACAAGGUGAUGUACACCUUGCUUCGGAAACAUCGCCACCAGACUAAGAAAUCCAACUUUCGCUCACUGGCGGACAUCGGCAAGACUGUUUCCAGUGCAAGUAGGCUGUUUUCCAACCAGGAUAAUGGCAGCCCAACGACCGCUCGUCGAAAUCUGACUUCAAACAGCUUGAAUGACUUCUCUGACAAGCCUGAAAAGGAUCAGCUGAAGAAUAAGUUCAUGAAGAAGCUGCCUCGUGACGCGGAGGCCUCCAACGUCCUGGUGGGCGAAGUCGACUUCCUGGACAGUCCUUUUGUGGCGUUUGUCCGCCUCCAGCAAGCCGUCAUGCUGGGAGCCCUGACUGAAGUCCCUGUGCCGACCAGGUUCUUGUUUGUCCUGCUUGGACCCAAAGGAAAGGCAAAGUCCUACCAUGAAAUAGGACGAGCGAUUGCCACCCUCAUGUCUGAUGAAGUUUUCCAUGACAUUGCAUACAAGGCUAAGAAUAGGCAGGACCUACUUGCUGGCAUAGAUGAGUUUUUGGAUGAGGUCAUUGUCCUGCCCCCUGGAGAAUGGGACCCAGAAAUCCGGAUAGAGCCUCCGAAGUCCCUGCCUUCCCCGGACAAAAGGAAGAACAUGUACGCUGGGGGCGAAGGUGUCCAGAUGAAUGGGGACGCGCCCCAAGACGGGGGCCACGGAGGAGGGGGAGGCGGCCACCACGUCGGCGAGGAGCUACAGCGGACUGGGAGGUUCUGUGGAGGCCUCAUUCUGGACAUCAAAAGAAAAGCCCCGUUUUUCUGCAGUGACUUCUUGGACGCACUACACAUUCAGUCUCUGUCAACGAUUUUGUUCAUUUAUCUCGGGACGGUCACCAACGCCAUCACGUUCGGGGGUCUGCUCGGCGAUGCAACGGAGAACAUGCAGGGCGUGCUGGAGAGCUUCCUGGGCACCGCCAUCACCGGGGCGGUCUUUUGCCUGCUGGCGGGCCAGCCCCUCACCAUCCUCAGCAGCACGGGACCCGUGCUCGUCUUCGAGAGGCUGCUCUUUAAUUUCAGCAAGGACAACAGCUUUGACUACUUGGAGUUCAGGCUGUGGAUCGGCCUCUGGUCGGCCUUCUUCUGCCUGGUUCUGGUCGCUACGGACGCCAGCUUCCUGGUCCAGUACUUCACCCGCUUCACCGAAGAGGGCUUCUCUGCCCUCAUCAGCUUCAUCUUCAUCUACGACGCCUUCAAGAAGAUGAUCAAUCUGGCCCAGAAAAACCCCAUCAAUCCUGACUUUCGCCUGGACUACGUGACGCAGUACAGCUGCCGCUGCACGCCUCCCCCAUUCGGAAAUGACUCUGGACUCGAGAGCAGUUCAUUUGACGGGUCCAACUGGAUGACAAACUCUACGGAUCUGCCCAUGAACGCCACCUGGUCGUCACUGACGGUGUCACAGUGUGAACAGUAUGGAGGGCAACUGGUAGGGGAGGCCUGUGGCUUCGUCCCUGACAUCACGCUGACCUCCUUCAUCCUGUUCCUGGGCACCUACGCCUGCUCCAUGUGUCUGAAGAAGUUCAAGACCAGCCGCUUCUUCCCCACCACCGUGAGGAAACUGAUCAGUGAUUUUGCUAUUAUCUUGGCCAUUUUGAUUUUCUGUGGUGUGGAUGCACUGGUGGGAGUGAACACACCUAAGCUUCUUGUGCCAAGUGAAUUCAAGCCAACAAGCCCACUCAGGGGCUGGUUUGUCCCCCCGUUUGGAGGUAACCCCUGGUGGGUGUACCUGGCCUCUGCUCUCCCCGCUCUGCUCGUGACCAUCCUGGUCUUCAUGGACCAGCAGAUCACGGCUGUCAUCGUCAACAGGAAGGAACACAAGCUCAAGAAAGGUGCUGGCUACCACCUGGACCUGUUCUGGGUUGCCGUUCUCAUGGUCAUCUGCUCCUUCAUGGGCUUGCCCUGGUAUGUGGCCGCCACCGUCAUCUCCAUCGCCCACAUCGAUGGUUUGAAGAUGGAAACGGAAACGUCGGCUCCUGGGGAGCAGCCCAAGUUUUUAGGAGUGAGGGAGCAAAGGGUCACUGGUAUCGUCGUCUUUCUUCUCACUGGAUUAUCCGUUUUCAUGGCUCCAGUUCUCAAGUUCAUUCCUAUGCCUGUACUGUAUGGAGUUUUUCUCUACAUGGGUGUGGCCUCUCUAAAUGGUGUGCAGUUUAUGGACCGUCUCAAGCUGCUCCUCAUGCCGCCCAAGCACCAGCCGGACCUGAUCUACCUGCGUCACGUUCCCCUGCGCCGGGUCCACCUCUUCACCUUCAUCCAGGUGCUCUGCCUGGCCCUCCUCUGGAUCCUCAAGUCCACUGUGGCUGCCAUCAUCUUCCCCGUCAUGAUCUUAGCCCUGGUGGUGGUGAGGAAGGCAAUGGAUUACCUAUUCUCCCAGGAUGACCUCGGCUACCUGGAUGAUGUCAUUCCUGAGAAGGACAAGAAGAAGAAGGAGGAUGAGAAGAAAAAGAAGAAGAAAGGAAGCAUAGACAGUGAAAAUGAUUAUUCGGACUUUCCCUACCACGAAAACGUUCCCAGUAUUAAAAUCCCCAUGGACAUGAUGGAGCAGGAGCCCUUCUUAGGUGGUAAAACCUCAGCCCAGGAUAAGCCGCCAUCUUACUUCAACCAGCAUUCUUCCUGCUGAGCAGCCAAACGGUUUCCAGGCUGGCACUGUGAUCAGUCUUGAGACAUCCAUUGAAAGCUGUGCCUCAGAUUAGGAUGGACAUGGAACAGGAAGGUGGAUUUUUCAGAGAAGCACAGAGGUCCCACACAUCUUUCUCUCCUGUCCUACUGAACUGGAUAACACUUGCACAACCACAAGACCUUCCCCAUUAUCACGUUUCAAUCUUUUUUCUAAUUCCUCCGCUACCAAUGGAAGGA